AUGAAAGAAGAACCAGCACUAUUCGUACCUUUGAUGGGAGCGUGGACAAAGCCACUCGUUCUAAAGUUUCCUCCUCCUUGUACACCACCUGAGCCAUCAACACCUUGCAGCUAUGAUUCACAGUUGGUGCAGAGUCAGAUUGAGAAAUUUUGGCCUUCACUGGAGGAAAGUACCAAUCCUACGAAGAAGAAAUCUUCGCUGAAAGUACCUUCUUCACCGAACCUCCCAGUUAAAAAAUUGCCGCCUCCAGAACUAAAAGAAGAUGGCUCACUCCGCUUUCCAUGGGCUGCAAGGAUGAACCCGGCUACAAGGAACUUGAUUCGUGCUUCAAAACCAACUUUCAGACUUGAUGGCACUCCUGAGAUCAUCAUUCCAACCAAGGUACUUCAACUUGGCCCUGAGAACGUUGGAGAAUAUGUGAUUGGGCAAUUUCAAUGCUGUUCUGCUCCCUCGGGUGGUCUUACACAUGAUGUUGUAAACCGACUCUGGGGUUCAGCAUCUGCUAACACUUCUUUACUAGUUAUGGACAAUGUUCCAUCAGAAAUUAUCAUGAAUGAGGGUACAACAGUCUCAGAACAUGAUCCUUUAGAAAUGACCCCUCUUCCAACCGAGUCAAUCCAAGAACUCGUGGCAGAGGAAAACGAGGCCAUAGAGGUCGAGGUUCCUACUAAUCCUUCCUAG